AUGCUUUCAAAAUCACCACUUAUCCUCGCCCUGGCUGGGGCUUUGUCCGCUGUUGCUGCCCCUAAUGCAUUGGUCCGGUCGGAGGAGCCAUGUGCGAAAAUAAGCAGUUUAUAUCGGCAGGCCGUAGAGGCAAAUGUGACCGAGCCAAUUAAGGUUGACGGAGGGCUCGCCCAUGAGUACCCCCCAGCCGGAUAUCUCUCUGAACCAACAGACCUACUUGGGGGUAUGGAUGAUGUACUUGCUAAGGCUAUGAACAACCAAUUCUCUAGCCACUAUGAUUUCGAAAAUGCUAUUCUGCGGGUUCUUCAUUCUGCAAACGACGGACAUUUGGGUGGCACCUUGUGCUCAAACACAAUAUUCCACUUCAGGAACCAGGUGCCCGUGAUAUCAAUUUCAUCCGAUGGAGUACAGCUUCCCAAAGUCUAUACAUUAGAGGACGCAAAGGUUCUUCAAAGAGACCCCAAGAUCGUCUCCGCCGUUGCCACCAUCAAUGGCUACGACGCUGUAUCGUACCUGAAUCAGUACGCGGAGUCAGACCAUUUACAAGACCCAGAUGCGAGAUAUAACCAUCUCUUUCCCUCAAGCGCCCGUUAUGUGGCCCAGCAAGGGCAGGAGGGCACUUGGACGUUUAACAAUGGGCUAUGGCCUGGCUAUGCCUCACAAAACGUAACAUUUGCCAACGGAACAUCACUGGACAUGCCAACAACCGCUCAGAUUGCACUGGAAGACUUUGAGUACCGCAACGGCAGUGCUCUCUGGGAGGGCGUUUGCCUAGCGCCAUCGGCAUCAACAUCCGAUGACACCGAAGAUAGUCUAUCAAAGAGGUCCGAGACUACUGGGAAGAAGGCGCCGACCAUGUAUCCAAAGCCUGUCAUGCGUGAUGCGUAUAACACAAUCUCGGGGUACUUUCUGGAAGACGAGCUCAAGGAUGUCGCCGUUCUUUUCGUGCCGAGUUUUGAAACAAACAAAUAUGAGGGAGACCCAUUAGCGUUUGCGAACCACGCCACCGACUUUGUGAAGAAGGCGGUUGCUUCCGCGAAGAAAAAGCUGAUCAUUGACGUGUCGGGGAACCCCGGUGGUAACACUGCUUCUGGAUAUGACUUAUUUCGAGUUUUCUUUCCCCAGGCGGAGAUGUACACAGCAUCUCGUAUCCGCGCGCAUGAAUCUGUCAAUCUCAUUGGACAAGCACUGUCUUCAUUAACCAAAGAUACCGAUGGCUAUGGAGCGGAGGGCAUUGCUCUGUAUGACCUUGUUUCUCCGAAUCAAACGUACCAUUUCCAGUCAUGGGAAGAAUAUUACGGACCUCAGCAGGUGAAUGGAGCCAACCUCAGUCGCAUUGCCGCAAGCUUCGACUUUGAGGUGAUAUCUAGCUGGGAAACUCCUAUCCGUGGCUAUGGUCCUGUCAAACUGAACGACACUACCACCCCUUUCGCACCCGAGGACAUCCUUAUUGUGACAGAUGGAUAUUGCACGUCAACAUGUACCCUUUUUGCAGAAUUGAUGACUCACGUAGGUGGUGUCAAGACUCUAGCCUUUGGUGGCCGGCCACAAAACGGCCGUAUGCAGGCAAUAGGAGGAUCUAAGGGCAGUCAGGUCGCCUCAUCAGUUUUGAUUGAUAUGUGGGUUGAGGGAGCCAAGUACCUUGCUGAGAAGUCCGCGCAGGAUGAAAAGCCCUUGCUCAGUCUCGAGCAACGCAAGGCCCUGAAGGCUUCUGCUCCAGCAGUAGAGGAGCUUCCUUUCAACCUGCCUUCCUUGAGUGUCAACUUGAAAAACUCAUAUCUCCGCGACAACCACGAGAUCCCGGUUCAAUUCCUCUACGAGCCAGCUGAUUGCCGCCUGUUCUACACCUGGGAGAACUACAAGACCCCCGCGACUACCUGGACGGCCGCCGCUCGCGCUUGGUGGGGUAAUGGUACUUGUGUGCCUGGUUCUUCUGCGGGCAAGUGA